GUCUUCCCCUUUCUCUCUCGUUUUGUAGCAGCCGACCGCUGUGACCUCCCUAUUUGCUUGUCUGCCCGGCGACAACGGCGAUGAAGACGACGAGCAAGCGCGCGAGAGAGUCUGCUGUAAGCUGCUGCUGCUGCUGCUGUCGUUGAUGUCGGCGUUGCUGUUUUAAUCGCUGCUGUGCUGGCACAGCAAAGUAAUUCGCUCGGGUCGUAGCCAACAGUUAAAAGCAAGAAGCAGGAUCCUUGCGCCAACGGCCAACAUCGGUUUCCUCGUUCGGCUGGCUGCGCGCUGUCCUUCCUUUCUCCCAGCACCGCCACACCACCGCUGAGUGUGAACCGCCUGCCACGCCAAGAGCUAGCCAAAGCAAGCCGACCCGGCCCGAAAGCAGUCGACAACGACCGCACUACCAUCGAGGUCCCUUACGACGCUCUUCUCCGCGCCGGCACCCGCACAGCGCUCGAUACGCCACCGAAUGUAUGAUUGUCUGCCUGUCGGCCUGGCAGCAGGCAGCAAGCUCCCUCCUUGGCGGCGGCGGCGGCGGCUGCUGUGUCUCGCUCGCUCGUUUGCUGGCUAACGCUGGCUGCUUGUGACUACUACUGACUGUGCCAGUGAGAAGUGAACAGGCAGAAAGCAGGCGGAGGCUGGCUGAUGCUGCUACUGCAGCCGAUACCGAUAUUGAUAGUACGUCCAAUGUUGCUGCUGCUGCGACGGGUUGCUGUUAGCGGCCUAUUCACGCGUUCGUUCUUCCUCUGCGGCAGUUCGGCAGUGUUCAGUUGCGGACUCGCGACCGCACACAGAUCACGAUUGGAAACAACAUCAGCGACACUGAGAGCUGCUGCUGCUGCUACAGCAAGUACAACAACAACAACAACGACGACGACAGCAGUGGCGGCGGUAGUGGUCACCAGCAGCACAGCAGCAGCAGCAGCACCACCACCACCACCACCACCACCACCAAAACCAUUCACUAGCACUGUGCGCUAGUCGUCGCCAUCAUCGCCGUUGCAGUUACAGCUGCUGCUGCUGCUGCUGCUGCUUAUAUCUGCCUGUUCAAUAGUGGUGGCGUUGGUGGUAAAUCGAGUGAGCUGCAAUUUUUUAGUGUGGUGGUGGUGGUGGUGGUGGUGGUGCUGCUGCUGCUGCUGCUGCUGCUGCUGCAGCAGUAGUAGUUUAUGCUGUUACCGUCAAGCAGUUGUUAGUCAGUCACCUAGCUAGCGACCGGCUGACCGACCGAGCGACCGAUCGACCGACCGAGCGCAGCAGUAGUAGCAGCAGAGUGUGCCUUGCUGGUAGCUCGCUCGAACGCUCGUUGACCGAUGAACUGACGGACAGAACGCCAGGGGACGAACAGUCCAGGCGACGGCGAUGUGAACAACAACGAGCUCGGGAACAGCUAAAGGACAAUUCAGGUAUCAACGACGAGGACGACUCCAAUCGCCGACGUCAACAAUAAACCAGCAAGCUUCUAACAGCGAGUGCGGCCAUACCGUCUGUAACUGUCUUGGUUUGUGCGUCUUAUGGUUCCCGUAGUAGUACUUUCUGAUAGGUGCCGUCACAACAAAUAACAGGACAGAAAUAACAGGCCAACAACAACGGCCAAUUGCAACGACGGCCUGUUUCAUUUGUGCAACCAUAUCUAGAACGUCGACGCCGACGGCACGAUGAAGCCGACCGACAAAAAUGAUACUGGCAGUAGCCCAUAGGCACCGUCGAGAUACAGGCAGGCAAAGUGAGUCAGACAGAUAAAGAUUUCUUACCUUCCACACCCCCACCCACCCCAUUCGAAUAGUGCUGCUGCUGCCGCACUAUCGGUGCUGCUCACAAGACGACGAUGGUAAAAUAGCAGAAACAGAAGUAAGAAGACGACGGAAGAAAGGAACAACUAUUGUAGAACGAGGAAGCAGCAGCCUGCGCGUAAAUCGAAAGGUCUGCCGCUCGAAAGGAAAACUGGUUGGUGACCGCCGAAGGUGUCGUCAAAGUUGAGAGGCUGUGGCGAGGUGACGAGGCUGUGGCUUGGCUGUCUGGGCAGAAGAACAACAAAGACAAGCAGAAGAAGGGGGCUCUGAGGCUGGGGCUGGCAUGUACCCUCUGAGCCAUUACCGCUGCCAGGAGUGCGGCCACCAGGCCACCAACCGAAAGGCCCUCGCCACGCACGUGGCUCGUGAGCACACGGACAACGCCUUCAAGUGCGACCACUGCGACUUUAUCACCAAGUACCAGGCCAACUUCUGGCGGCAUAAACGAACAUUGCACGGGUUACAGAGCAUCAACCUCUGUGAGCCAUGCGGUACGAAGUUCCCGACCAAGGAUUCGCUCGUCGACCACACUCGCCAGGAGCAUCCCGAACUGCUCGACGAGGUCCUCGAAAAAGUCUCCAAGCCGUUAUCACAGCAGGAGACUUCAACUUCAACUUCUACGCCAGCGGGCCUUCGCCGGCGGGAAAACAGAUUUGAGGUUGGAGCGUAUCUCGAAGUCGAUGAAGACGACGAUCACGAGGGGAGCGAGGAGCACUCGAUCGAGGACCUCCUAGAGCAGGAGUUCACAGAGGGGACAAAGGAGCUCGAUAACGAAGAGGCGAACAGCCAACCAUCGUCCAAACGGAGGAUCAACGUUCAAAGGUCACAUCUCUGCCGGGACUGUGACUUUGUCACCAAGGAGUCGCGCGACUACCUCAUUCACCGGAAAGAGGUUCACUGCGACCGCCUCACCAUUUAUGAUUGCCCAUGGUGUAGCUACGCUUCGAGACAAUUGCAAAAGUUGCAGCGCCAUUGUGCAAGCUGCCACGUGGGCAUUGAGCCAGGGCUUACAGCAGAGGAUGUUAGAGAAGUGAUUAAAAAAGUCGCUCAAGACACCCACGAAGCAGCUCAACUUGAAAAAGAAAGCAAUAUUAUCGCGCAGUACCUUGAAAAAAGUGGCAACGGAAACGUGCAGCUCGCCCGUGCUCUCGUUAAAACCGUUCGCCUACCGAUUUCAGUAUCGGAUGCCGAGUCGGGCCCAGCAGAAGAAAAGGAACUUCGUCGACCGCCAGCAAGCCCGUCGAGUAGCCUUAAUCAGUGGUAUACCUGCCGAGAAUGCGCUUUCAAGGCGCGCAACAAAAAAAUUGUUGAAGACCACGAACGCACCUCACACGGCCUUGAAGCCAACUGCCAGCAGCAGCCACAACUACAGUUUAGAUGCGAUCUAUGCGGAUUCGCUUGCCGAGACGUUGCCAAAUAUAGGCAGCACGUUAAGUCACACGACGAACAACAAACGCACAAUAAUAGUACUUCACCCGGAGAGUCCACUAUAGACAAGUCGGAGCGGAAGACCAAGUGCGACAAGUGUGACUUUACCUCAAGUUACCGCUGGAGCCUCGAUCGUCAUGUGAAAUAUCACAACCCAUUGAACGGUGAUCUUCACUGCGAUCGUUGCGACUACAGUAGCAACCAAGCCGGAUCGCUCAAAUUUCAUAUGAGCAAUCACCAUCAGGGAGCGCGUUCGUCUUCCCUUACAGAUUCGCCUGAAGGUAUCGAUUGCGUAGAAGAACAGGAAGACGCUGAAAUGAUGAUGAUGCAGUGCGGGCCCGGUGGCGAGAUGGACGAUUCGAUGCCGGGCGAAAUGGAAGGUUCAUCGAUUGGGAUCGAUGAGAUCAGCAGCCAGGAUGAUGACGGAGACGCUGUCACGUGCGAUCUAUGUGGGGCGUGCUUCCUCAAUCAGGCUGACCUUCUUGAGCAUAACAAGAAGGAGCACAUGAAUGAGAUCGAGGCUGAACAAGCCCAGAUGUUCAGGACCAACCCGCGUAUUCAGGGGGCAGCGGCAACCCAGAAUGCGGCUGGGAGCCAGCCAACGGUGUCAACCACAGGCCAGGACGAAACCCUAGCCAGACUGCAGAACAGGUUUGGAUUGAGCAUCACGCCGGUAGCCGGUGGAGAUUCUGGAGGUGGAGGGGAGAACAAAGAUAAUGCGUCUAGGGCGCUUGAAGUGUCUAAACAGCCCGUCGUCAUCGAACUGGGCAACGGCAAAUCCCUCAAACAUCUCAUUGAGGGGGGUGGCGGGACAUCAAACGGGGAUGUUAACGUGGUUCCAAGUAAACCACCGGCCCCUCGUUCGGGCACCAUCUUCAAGUGCCGAUAUUGCGCCUAUUCGACUCGUGUUAAGCAAGAGUAUCAGAAACACGAGCACCUCCACAAACCACUCGCCUGUCAACUUUGCCCUUACAAGACAAUUUGGAAAAAUGAUCUCAGCAAACACAUGAUGAAACAUCAUGGGACACCUUGCGAUCAAGAUGCAACCCCGAUGGGUCCACCUAUGGAUCAGGGUGACACGGUGUCAUCAUUAUCGUUACCUCCAGCCACAGGUGGUGUUCUUAGGAACCUCUUAAGUACACCCGAAGUGGCAAGCAAUUCUACGGCGGGAAAGAAUGAAUCGUUACUCUUUAAAACUCUCCAGGGCGGGGGUAGUGGCGGCAGUAGUGGAGGACCAGACGCUUCGCACCUUCAGAAUCAUCAACAAAAGCAUUCACAGGAAAAUGGCAUUGUUAGAGGAGGAACUUUCAAUCAGGAGGAUAUACAGAACCCGGCGCUGAAGCUCCCCGCCAACGCCCAUUACUUCUGUCCAUAUUGCGACUUCAUGACCAAAACCGCUUCCCGCUUCCAUAUUCACUACAUGCAGCACCUGAACGUGCGGCCUUUCGAGUGUUCAGUUUGUCGUAUCAAGAGCAACUGGCUUUGGGAUAUCAACAAACAUAUACGGACGCGGGUGGGGAAAGGAGACCACUCGCAUCGCGGUGCCAAGUGUGUGUGCAUCAACGAGGCAGGACUCAGAGACUACAGCAAGUAUCGCUGCUUCAUCAAAGAGGUAAGCUGGGAGGGCCCAGCUAGUGGUGAGCAUAUCGAAACCCCGGAUGAUCAAGGUGAGGCGGGCGUAAUGGCCUCUCAAGGCCGAGUCCACCCAAACUGUUCAACAGCCGAGGCACCGAUAAAUGCGUUAGUCCAUCAGCAACAGCAGCAGCAGCAGCAGCAGCGUUCAGUUCAACUUCAGCAGCAAGCCGCUGCGCAAGCGGUUGUGCAGCAGGUUGUGCAGGCGCAACUGGCUGCCGUACCCGUUGGUCAGCUUGUGGCCGGCCAGGGUGUGGCGGCGCUACAGCAGCAGAUGCAACAGCAGCACGUGAACAAAGCGCGCGAGGACUCGCAGAACUACAUGAUUCAGCAGCUGCAGAAGAAGGAGCAGCAGCGUAGUACCACUUCCGCAGUUGCUACCGCCUCGCAGCAACAGCAGCAGCAGGGCGGCGCGCUGAAAUGUGGCCACUGCGAGUACACCUGCGAUCAUAAAGAUAUCAUGCUCGGACAUCUCGGUGCACACGCUGAUGUCCUGCCGUUCAUCUGCAGCAAAUGUGGCCUAGCUAACAAAUGGCACCACACCGCUUGGAUUCACUUGCAACAGUUCCAUCGCGACGAGCAGGUGACGCUCAAAGACAUUCACUUGCAGCUGGAUUAUCGUCAGCAUGGAGAGGUAUUCCAGAUGGCCGAUUCGUCAUCGAUUGUGAACCCGGUGUUGGCGAUCGCACCAAAUUCGGAGGUAAGCCUAAUUCGCCAGCUUCGCUGCAGCCGUUGUCCAUACCACACGGUGCAGAAGUCGAACAUGCAGAGGCACCGCGAGGGCCAUGCCCGUGCGCGACCCGAUACGAUGCGGUACAAGUGCCCUUACUGCGACUUCUGGCAGGAGACGCGGCGUAGCAUCCAACGGCAUAUGGCUCUACAUCCGGAACAUGUCAAAAGGGGUACCCAGGGCGUGCUAGAUACUAAUGGUAUGGAUCAGGAUCUCUCGUCCAGUGGUAUGAGUCUCAACAAUAUCCUGGGUGACGUUAGCCCCACGGGAUCGGGACAUCACGCCGAAACGAUAAUUUCGGCAGCCGAUACGGUCGAGGUCAACGCGCCUAAGUUUAAAUGUGACUCGUGCCCCUAUAUGACGACGGCCAACUCGCAGUUCAUUUACCAUAAACAAUUUCAUAGAUACAAUCCGAAAGCGAAGUUUAAAUGCGACAAGUGCAGUUAUUGGGCAACGCAUGCCCAUUUGAUUACACAGCACGCGAGGGUGCACCAGGAAGGAACACCGGACCAGAAGUUCCCCGAGGGGUCCUGGCUGCCGCCGGCUGAAAUCGCUGUCACCACAGAGGCGAGCGCUUCCGAUCGCAUUCGCUCGUUCCGCGUCGUCAAGAACGGCAUAGUGCUCAAGAUGCACAAAUGUCGUUUCUGUCCGCUCAUGAACCGCCGGAAGGCAAACGUGCGAUACCACGAAUUACUGCACGGCAAGAGCGCUUCCGGACGCUAUACGUGCCAUUUAUGCAGCUAUCGGACCCAUUCUCAGGGAGUUCUGGGAAAUCACAUGAAAAUCCACGUACCGCAGCGCGCACGCCGGGACGACGCUGGCGUUGAGAUGAUCGAAGAGAUUGAGGAUGGUAGUAGCGACGAGGAGGGUGCUGUCGAAGGCUCCGCAAUAACAUCAGCAUCAUCAACACCGACAGUAGCCGCCGCAGCAUCCGAUCGUAUCUCAGACCAACAGCAGCUGCAAAAACACCAACAGCAACAAUUGACGCCAAAACCGGCCGCGUCCUCAUCCGUAUCUGUACCGAGGGCGCAGCCAGUGGCUAAAAUCAAGUAUAACUGCAGCGCCGUUGAGUCGGAACUAUUUAACCUCUUGCAGAGUCGCCAGAAUGGUAACAAUAACAAUGGCUUGACGUCGGGAGCCACGUUGACCGGCGAUGAUGAGACGCCACACAGAAGCCACAAAGCUCAUAUCCCUAACCAGGCUAGCGGCCUUGCUAGGGUGAAAAAGGCUCCAAAGGCGGCCGACCCGUACGUGAGGCGGAGCGAUGGACUCAUUACGUUCCAGAGCAAGGUGAACCUUCGCAAAUGGAUUGCGUGCCCGGAAUGUCCAGCCCUCUUCAUGAAUCCGACCGAGUAUAGUCGACACUUGGAUCAUCAUCGGUAUUCGGACAAAUUUCAUUGCUCACAAUGCAGUUAUUCCAUGAACAAAUAUGUAUUCGUCGCUCAACAUGAGCAGGUGCAUACAGAGGACUAUAUGGUAAAGAAGCUAGGCUACUGCCAUCGGCCUACUGAAGGCGCUGGGGACCACAAGCACACUCUUAAAGAUAAUGUGCCGACAUCUUUUCCGAGCCCGGCUAGUGUCGCUUCAGAGAUGCAAAACUCCAACAAGACAACAGCAUCAUCUGCUUCAUCCGGCCAAAGCAGUAGCAAUUCGACCACGUAUAAAAUUGUUCAAUCAAAGUCUCAGCAUCAUCAGAUAUCACCAGUGAAGAAACAGCAAACUCCAUCGCAGUCUUCUUCUUUCCACGUCGUUCUAUCAGAGGAUGCGUCCAAUAACUACGCCAGCGAGGAAUAUUCGGUUGCACUACUCAUGGCCGAACUUCACGAGUCUAAGGCCGUAUUUGAAGGUAUGGCCAAUGCUACAUACAAAUGCUCGACUUGUCCGGCCGCCUUUGCUAACCAGGCCGUGCAGCGGUUCCACGCCAAUUUGCACCGAAGCCCAGCCCGUCGACUCAAAUGCCACGUGUGCACGUACUCGAUUGACGAAUCAGGCAACAUGGCAGCCCAUGCUCAGCUUCAUUACGCAAGGCAUCACAUCUCAAAGCCAUCCAUUAAGCAGUGCCCUAAAUGCCCAGCAACGUUUACUAAGCAGAACUUCUUUGAAGGGCAUCUGCUGAGGCAUGGCAGUGGUGAACGCUACCGCUGUGAACAUUGUGAUUUCGCUACAAACAAGAGCGAUAUUAUUAGUCGGCAUCGUGUGCUGCAUCGACAAUCUGAUGAAGCUGAAUUCGUCACGGCCAAUCUAGGUUGCGAGGACACGCUGGACGCUAACUCACAGUUAUCCAUGUCGACACUUUUCCGAAACGCGUCGGUGCCUCAGACGUUAGUCGAGGAUGCGGCGCCACUGACUCUCGAGUCGGUCAUGAAGACCCUUGAACCGGAGCAGUUGGAGGAAGAACGAAAGAUGUUUGCCUGCACCGCUUGCCCUUAUACGCACUCUCGUAAGGACGGCAUGCAGCACCAUAUGAAACGUCAUCAUCUUUUGACUCAGCAGACGCUGACGUGUGCCCACUGUCCAUUCACGGUCAGCAAUCCGACUACGCUGCGUGAGCACGUCAAAACGCACUUUGUUGCCUCGAAGAUUCAUAAACCUCAAGCGUUUUUGCACUAUGAUGACUUGAGGAUUAAGUUAGAAGAUGGCGAGAUACUGUUUGAAGACCGUGGUCCGCUCGAUGCAACUCGUUUCUUCCCUGACAGCAUCCCUGAGCUGAUCGAUGAUUCACCUGAUCUUCUAGUCGAAUACAUUGAGCCGGAUGUUUUUUCCACCGUAAAUCAUCUGCUCGAUGAUGUUUGUGCUGACCGGCGACGCAUGGAGCGCGAAGUGAGCAGCUCGUCUAUUUAUGGAUCAAUUGUGCGUCGCAGUUCGUCACUGCGAACGUCACAGGACGAGCCGCCAGUGAAACGAUCGAAAAUCACCAGAGGUUCGCUAUCCAAUGGUGACUCGUGCGACUCUCGGUCGGGUUCCUCCACGCCACGCAAGAUGAGUGUCGAAGAUAACGAUCUGCAGACUAAUGGGCCUAGUGAUCCCUUCAAUGGUGAUCAAGAUGACGAGAGCGAGGUUAGUAACAGUAACGGUUCAUCUGGCGAUUGUGACACAAAAGUUGAGCCAAACACACCCGAGCACGAAGUAAAACAAGAGCUAUUAAAUGAAUCCGCCGAGCUAAAAGAUGACGACUCCAUUUUAAAUAAGUCGGACGACACUGAAGCUCUACAGCAGGUCCCUGAUUCGGCUGGGGGCGAUCAGGACAGCGAAUCAGGCCAAGCGGUGUCGCCAGCAGGUGGUGAGCGUAAAAUCCAGCCGAGCCAUUUACAUAACGGAAAUCCAACGGAGGACGGUAAUUCUACAUUGCAUCACAACGGAAGGGAUGUUCGUAAUGGAAAUGACUUAACCGAGCUGGAUAACGAAGACGGUGACGACGACGACGACGACGACGACGACGACGACGACGACGACGAUGACGACGACGACGACGACGACGACGACGACGACGAUGACGACGACGAUGACGACGACGACGGCGGCGACGACGAGGCUCGCGAGGAGACUGAGCAAGCACAGCAGGUGCUGAACACGAUUGUAAGCCAUGUCGCGCAAUCGAUGCUGCACGCUUCGUCUAGUCUAUCUCGUUUGUGUCGAAGCGAAUGGUUGCUUGUCAACGGCAAGAUGAUGCAGUGUGGUUCAAGUGCAAUUGGCAGCGGUGGGACAGGAGGUGAGCUGGUCGUCGACGGUUCGAUGCCAGGCGAAAUGGAGGGAGCCUCUAUUGGAAUUGACGAGGCUACUACAAGCCAAGAGGAUGAGGGGGACGCCGCCGUCACAUGCGACCUGUGCGGAAUCUGCUUUCUCAGCCUUUCGGACCUUCUUGAGCACCACAAGAAGGAGCAUAUGAAUGAAGCUGAGGCUGAACAAGCUCAGAUGUUACGGACUAAACCGUCGUGUAUACCGUCACCGCCAGCAUCACAAUCCGUACUGCCAGCAGCAGCAGCAGCAGCAGCAGCACCUCUUCCUCUUACUAGUUCUCCUCAUAAUGCAGCAGGCCCAUCGGGUUCAGGCCAGGAUGAUGCACUGGCCAGGCUACAGAGUAGGCUAGGAUUGAGCAUCACCCCGGUGGCUGGACCUUCUGGAGGAGGGAAUGCGGAGAGCUCCACGCGAAGUAGCGGCGCUUCAGCGCUGUCAUUAAAACCCCCCGGUCAGCGCUCCGGUACGAUUUUUAAGUGCCGCUAUUGCGCGUAUUCAACUCGUGUUAAGCAGGAAUAUCAGAAGCAUGAAUACAUUCACAAACCACUUUCGUGCGAACUUUGCCCCUACAAGACGGUCUGGAAAAAUGAUCUCAACAAACACAUGACGAAAUACCACGAUACACCGCCCACUGACCAAGAAUCGAACCAAACAUCUGCCCCGCCACUGGACCAAAACCAAGAAAAAUCAUCAUUGACAACAUCACUGCUACCCUCCGGGGGCAUGCUCAGGAAUCUAUUGAGUACUCACCCUGACACGGCAACUCAGUCGAGUGGUACGCCAAACGAGUCGCUUCUUUACAAAACCAUUCAGAAGGUGACGGAAAGCACGCAACAGUCACAGCAAGAGAACGUCGACCGCGAAAAAUUCGCUGUUCAACAAGAUCUGCAGAACUCGGUACAGAAGACACCCAAUAAUGCGCACUAUUUUUGCCCAUAUUGCGAUUUCUUGACGAAAACCGCGUCUCGAUUUCAUAUUCACUAUAUGCAGCAUUUAAAUGUUCGACCCUUUGAAUGUUCGGCUUGCAACCUAAAAAGUAAUUACUAUUGGGACAUUAACAAGCAUAUUCGGGGCCGAAUAAGCAAGGGCGAUCGUCUUCAUCGCGCUGCCCGAUGCAUUUGUAUCAAUGAAGCGGGCCUGAGAGAUUAUAGCAAGUACCAAUGCUUUAUCAAAGAGGGGCCAGCAAAUGGAGAACACAUGGAAACGCCGGAUGAUCAGGCCGAAGCUGGUGUAAUGGCCACUCAAGGCCGGAUACAUCCGUCCUUCAUGGGCGAUCCAACUGUGCAGGCACGCAUUCAGCAAUACCAACAACAACAGCGACUUGUUACUCCUCAAAAUCGUUCAGUACAGCAGCUUCACACAUCACCACAACAACAACAGCAGCGGCAACAACAACAACAACAGUCACCUGUAUCUUCGCAGAUAAAUGCGCGACAAGUGGUACAAGCCCAGUUAGCUCCGGUGCCUGUGGGUUCGAUGAUCGCUGCGCAGAGUGUAGCAGCUAUCCAGCAGGCUAUGCGACAACAGCAGCAGGCUCGAACAAACAAGCAGCGAGAGGAUACGCACAACUACAUGAUUCAGCAAUUGCAGAAAAAAGAACAGAUACGACAACAGCAGCAGCAGCAGCAGCAGCAACAGCAAACUCUGCAACAGCAACAGCAGAAGCAGCUUCAGUUACAACAGCAGCUUCAGCAACAAUCACAACGAUCGGCUACAAUAUCCCCGGCAACGUCUGAAGCACCUACAACGAACGGACCACCAGGAGGCGCACUAAAAUGCGCCCACUGUGAGUACACAUGCGAUCAUAAGGACAUUAUGCUUGGCCAUUUGGGCGCGCAUGCCAACGUGCUCCCGUUCAUCUGCACCAAAUGUGGUCUUGCUAAUAAAUGGCAUCACACCGCCUGGAUACAUUUACAGCAGGUUCAUCGUGAUACGCCAGUAGACCCGAAAUAUAUCCGUUUGCAGCUUACUUACCGACAGAAUGGAAAUGUAUUCCAAAUGGACGAAACAUCCCAGAUAGUUAAUAGAGUGGAAAAAGUUACGUCCAACGCAGAGCUAACGGGCGUGACCCGCAAAUUACGCUGUAACAACUGCCCGUACCGAACCGUUCAAAAAUCCAACUUGCAGCGGCAUCGUGAAGGACACAUUCGCGCGCGUCCUGAUUUAAUGCGAUACAAGUGUCCUUAUUGCGACUUCUAUCAGGAGACCCGACGACGAAUCCAGCGGCACAUGUGCUUGCACCCGCAACACGUCAAAAGAGGGGCUCAAGGAGUUCUAGAUACAAAUGGAGUUGGCCUCGAUAUAACAACGACAAGUCUCGCAGCGAUCUUCUCCGACGUAACCGCCGAGCGCCGCCGCGAAGCUGGAACGGUGGAGGCUGUCAAUUCAACGCGAGACGCCGGCGCAGAGGCCAACGGACUUGUGCUCAAGUGUGACACUUGUCCAUUUGUAACAAACUCAAACUCUCAAUUCAUCUACCAUAAGCAAUUCCAUAGGUACAACCCGAAGGCUAAAUAUAAAUGCGACAAGUGCAGUUAUUGGGCGAUGCAUCCCCAUCUGAUCACGCAGCACGCAAGAGUACAUCAGAAAGGGGCACCUGACCAGAAGUUCCCUGAGGGGUCCUGGCUGCCCCCAGCGGAAAUUUCAGUCACAACCGAGUCGAAUUCGACUGACAGUAUUCGCACGUUCCGUGUUGUUAAAAAUGGCAUCGCCCUCAAGAUGCAUAAAUGCCGGUUCUGUCCGCUAAUGAAUCGUAGCAAAGACAAUGUUCGAUUCCACGAAUUGCUGCAUCGUGAAACCUCACCUGAACGCUACACGUGCCAUCUAUGCACGUUUAAAGCCCAAAUCCAGACUGAGCUUUGUAAUCAUCUGAGGUCACACGUAACUCAGCGAGUUCGCAAAGACGAUGCGGGUGUUGAGAUGAUCGAAGAAAUAGAAGACACUAGUGAUGAGGAAUCCUCGGCUAAAGCAGUUCAAGCGUCCUCUAAAACAGCAGCUGGUUCAGCUAUGUCGCGUCCGCAGCCAGUUAAGAAGAUCAAAUACAAUUGCAGUGCCGUUGAAUCUGAAUUAUUUAACCUUUUGCAAAGUCGUCAAAAUGGAGGUAGUAGUAUGCACAGUAACGAUUUCGCUGGACCAUUAUUUCCCAAGCAGGAGGUCAUCAAAAAACCAAAAGAAGCCCCCACUCAUCAAAAACAGAAAGAUGAUAUUGGCGAGCGACGCAGGGAUGGUCUGAUUUCCUACCAGAACAAGAAAAACCAACGUAAAUGGGUUGCUUGUCCUGAAUGCCCCGCGCUUUUCGUUAGCCCCAAUGAACUGAAACGUCAUCUGAGUCAUCACCGUCAUCCGGACGAAUUUCGCUGCUCAAAAUGCUCAUACUCAAUGAACAAGCCUGUGUACAUUCAGCAACACGAGCAGGUUCAUACAGAGGAGUACAUGAUUAAAAAACUAGGCUUCUGUCACAGGCAUGCCACCGGACCGGGCACUCGAAAACAGGCACUAAAAUUGGGCAUGCCACCAAGGCCAUCGAAGCCCAUUUUUCUGGUUCCAAAAAAACAGCCAGCUACGUCAACGGAUGUUCCAUCAACAUCUACCGUCGAUUCAUCAAAACCAAUUACAAGCCUUUUUCCAUCUGUUCCGAAAGACGAAAGACGGGUUAGCUCAGGGAAGGAAACGGUCACACCGUCGAAAGAACGAAAAGCAGCUGCCUCGAAAGAGCAGACUGUGAAGUCAGAAAUCUCGGCAGACGAAGAUUCCGAGAAUUCGUCCACGAAUUACGCCAGCGAAGAGUACUCUGUUGCUUUACUAAUGGCUGAGCUUCAAGAGUCGAAGGCUGUUUUUGACGGAGUGACCAAUGGGCGAUACAAGUGCUCCGCGUGUCCCGCUAGCUUCGAUAAGCAAGUUGUGCUACGAUUCCAUGCUCGUCUACACGAUGAGCUGAUGCGACGCUUCAAGUGUCACGUGUGUUCAUACUCAGUCGACGAAAAAGAUAAUAUGGCUGCACACGCUCAGCUACACUAUAUGCGACAUCAUCUCAGUACACCGGCCGUUAAGCAGUGUCCGAAAUGUCCAGCGACAUUUUCCAAACAGAACCUCUUUGAAAGUCACCUCCUUAGACAUGUUAGUGAGGGUCGUUUUCGUUGUGAGCAAUGUCACUUCGCAACGAAUAAAUAUGAUAUUAUUAGUCGGCACCGUGGCAUGCAUGACGCUGCAGUGUCGAAGACUGACUCUGGACUUGAUCUUGAUGCGAAUUCACAACAGUCGAUUUCUGUGUUAUUCCACACAGCUUCUGUGCCUCAGACACUAGUUGAGGACGCGGAACCAAUGACCCUGGAAGCGGUUACAAGGACACCAGAGCCUGAAGAGCUGGAAGAAGAGCGACGAAUGUUUUCCUGUACAGCAUGCCCGCACACCUGCGUCCGUAAAGACGGUAUGCAGCAUCAUAUUAAACGGCACAUUCUGAAGCAUGAAAACGGUUGUCCGCAUUGCUCGUAUAGUAACAUCAAUCCGGCUACUCUACGGGAUCACGUAAAGACUCACUUCACCAUCCCUAAAACGAACCGUGCGCAGGCAUUUUUACAUUAUGACGACCUGAAGAUCAAGUUUGAGGACGGCGAAAUUUUGUUCGAAGACCGCGGACGACACGAUGCUACCCGAUUUUAUCCCGACAGCAUUCCUGAGCUGCUCGGUGAAUCUCCCGACCUUCUUGUAGAGUUUAUCGAAUCGGAUGUGUUCGCUGUUGUGAACCAAGUCCUCGACAAGGUAUGCGCCGAUCGACGUCGGAUGGAGCGAGAGGUGAGCAAUUCGACAAUAUACGGAGCUAUCGUUCGACGUAGUGCUUCAUUGCGUACCUCUCAGGAUGAUGGUUCUGCACUCAAACGACCAAAACCAACUCGAAGUUCCAUGUCCUUUAGUGAUCCCUCUAAAGAGAGUAGUGUUGUUCCACAGAAAAUUGAUAUACAUAAGGCUCACGAUGGGAAUAAGGAUGAAUACGACUCUGGAGAAUCGAUGAGUCCUAAUGUGAACAAUAAUAACGUUGAAAACGAAAAGUUUAAUGAGGUAAAAUGUAAUGGAAUACUAAACAAAUCUGAAUUUUGUGACACAUUGAAUUUAGUUCACGAUCAAGUCGAAAAUUCAGCUGACCUAGAUGAAUGUAUCGGAACUCGACGUUACCACAAUGGAAUCGACGACGAUGGCACAGUCACAAUAUCCCGUAAUGGCCGAGCCACCUCUAAAGAGAAAAGACAUUCGCAAGAGGAAGUGCUAGCAGUGUUAAAUCAGAUUGUCGAUAGUGUAUCCCAACCAACGCCACAUACGUAAGCCUACAUACAUAUUUAAGUUUUGUCACCCAUCCCCCUAUUCAGUCGACAGAUAGCUGUAGUAGUUAGACGAUCGUCGGUACUACAUGUGGAGUUUCUAUUGUUGGCACUCCAUACACUCGUCAUUUGAGAUCUUUUUCAGGCUCUCAUUAUUCAUGUUGACAAGAUAAAAAGGCAGCAAUUUCGCACAUAAAGUGUAUUAUAAUAGUUUUGCGUUACCCUAAUCCACGGGGUAUAGUAAUAUAAAAUACCUAACUAACAGGGUCAUUCAGUUCUACACUUAUGUACAUAGAGCAAAAAGUGCUGUUUCAUUUUAAUGUAUGGCCAGCCCUGAUGCAACAGCAGACAAUGAGUGACGUAUCAACCAGAUAAUAUGCUUUGUGUGUAUAAUA